AACUCGAGAAAAAAAAUUUUCCUUCAUUCACGACGGAAAAAUCGAUCCGAGAAAAGUAGUUUGUGCACAACAAUCCGUCAUUAGAAUUUUACUUUUUUUGCAUCGUUUUUUUCUCUCGCCCGUGGUCCCGCUUACGUGAUGAAAGUGCUCUAAAUUUACUCUAAAAUCCAGUACGGUACGAACCAUCGAUGAGAAAGGACGUGUAUCAGUGCGCGUUUCAUCUCUUUUAAUUAUUGUUUUUGAUCGGAUUUGAUAAGAAAUCGCCGAUGCAAACCACUAAAACCACCAAAUGGUAAAUUUUAAGGCUUAACAAAGCGAUUACCCUGCUUUUCGGCAGGAACUUCAGUGAAAAAAUAAAAAAAAUUGAUUUUGUAAAAGAAAACUCCCUGCAAUUUUCCUCAUUUGUGUCCAGACUCGCGGAAAACACCCCGCUGGAUAGCAACUGCAUGGCGUAUCUGCCGAAAAGUGAAUUAAAAUUGUUAAUGAUUCAUUAAUUGUCGUCGCGUAGCUGCUGCCGAGAGAGAGAGGAAAAAAAUAUUCUACUGGCAAAAUGAAGCUUUUGCGAGUUUAGAGAAAAAAAUACAAAUAAAAAUUAAAAAUAAUAUCAUCUUAGUGAGAAUAAUACACAAAAUAUACAAAAAAAGUGAUACAAAAAUAAAAAUAAUUUAAAUAAAAAAAAAAUCAAGAAUAAAAAAUGGGUGAUACAAAUUUAUCGGAUUACUCAAUCAUGGAUUUACCAGGCGAAAUUCGGGAGAAAUUGGCAGAACUGGAUUUAGAAUUGUCCGAAGGCGAUAUAACACAAAAGGGUUAUGAAAAGAAGCGAUCACGAUUAUUGCAGCCUUAUUUAAGCAAAUCAUCACAACCAGGUGAUAGCGGUUAUGUUGUGCCAAAAUCCAACCAACCUGUAAUUAGUGGAAAUGCGGGUUACGUAAAUGAGAUUCAUCAUCCGCCGCCGCCCGUUUUGCCGCACAAGCAAUCCUCGAGUAGCGGCGGUGGCGGGCAUCAUCAUUAUCAAGGACAAUCACGUCAACGUAGAACGCAACGUCGUGUGACACACAAUGAAAAACGAUAUCAUUCAGCUGGUAUGCACAACACACAGUCACCGCCGCCAGAUAUCUCCCAAAUCGGCAACAAGCCACUUCUGCAACAGAAACAAGUCCCCUAUAAGUCUGCACAAAUUCCCGAACCAAAGUCAUCUUCAUCGCCAGCUUCUUCCAUCUCGUCAACAGAGCAAAUUUUGCGUCAAAUUAAGCUUCACAAGCAGAAACAGGAACAAGAUUUGAACGAAUUUGCGCAAAGUUUGGUGCAAGAGGUCCCGAACAGGCAUCAGCAGCAGCAGCAGCAACAACAACAACACCAGACUAAUCAAAGUAAGAAUGAAAAAAAUACGAAUAGUAAGGGACAGUCACGCAAUAAUAGAAGACUAGGGCGACACGAAAGUCGUUACACAAGCGAAGUGCGUCAGGAAGCUGUUCAGCAAGCAUUAGCUGCGCUAAAAAAUCGUCCAAAGCCUAGCUUGCCAAUGCCAUCCAAACGUAGCUCAGUUCUCAAUCGAAGUCCUGACAGAGAUCGUGAUGACACAGAUUCUACAACAGAUGACGAAUCAAUACCUGAGGAAAGGAUUUCCACGCCAGACCGUGAUGGGUAUAACUUGCCACGUGACAAUAUUUUGACGCGAGAACAGAUGCGGUUGCCAUCGCGCGAUCACUCAAGCGGCGGCGGACAUCACAAAGAUCGCAUUUCGGAACGUAGACCGCAAAAUCUUCCGUCGCAUCCAACAUUGUCGGAUACCUCGAGUGCCGGCAGUCCCCCAGCUGUGCAUCGAAAUCAAAAGAACAGCUACGACAUGACAGAUAUUCCGGAUUUGCCGCCAAUGCGAUCAUACGUCGCUCCGGAUAUCACACAAUUCAACAACACAAAACGCGGAAUGGGUGCUGAUCGUGUCACGCGUUACGUGAAUCUGAAUCAAACGGAGCCUGGAGACACGGGCACUGCGGGUCGAUGGAAAGUCUCUGCGAAGAUACAGCAGUUGCUGAAUACCCUUAAACGGCCUAAAAGACGUCCCUUACCUGAAUUUUACGAAGAUAACGACAUAGAAUUAGAGAUAGCUGCGAAUCCCAAAGACCCGAAUGCGCCAAAGCCCGAGGGAAAUACGAUGACGCCUGUGACAGGCGAGCAAUUGGUGAUUCCGAGUGGAUUGCCACGUACUUUAGAGCAGGCGUUACAACGUUACGGCACAAGUUCGUUCAAAGCUCCGAUGGCGACGGUGCUAGAUCCCAAUGGAAAGAUGACAACAACGUUGACUUAUGGAAAAUUAUUGUCGCGCGCACAGAAAAUCGCGUAUGCUUUGUCGACAAAAACUUUCAGCAAGGGAGCGGAACAGUUUGUACUCAAGCCCGGAGAUCGAGUUGCUCUCGUUUAUCCAAAUGCGGAUCCAUUAAAUUUCCUCACCGCGUGGUACGGUUGCAUGUUCCGCGGACUCGUCCCGUUGCCAAUCGAGCUUCCAUUAUCGACAUCUGACUCGCCGCCGCAACAAGUGGGCUUCCUUUUGAGCUCCUGUGGCGUUCAAGUUGCUCUCACAACGGAGGCCUGUUUGAAAGGUUUGCCCAAAUCGACAACGGGAGAAGUGACAAAACUCAAGGGAUGGCCUCGCCUACAUUGGUUCGUGACGGAACACUUGCCAAAAACGCCAAAGGACUACAAUCCCACAAAUCAACGAAUUAGCGAAGAUUCCACGGCUUACGUUGAAUACACAACCGACAAAGAUGGCAGUGUCAUGGGCGUCACAGUAACUCGUCAAUCGAUGAUUAAUCAUUGUCGUGCCCUCACGAUGGCCUGUCACUACACGGAAGGCGAAACAACGGUUUGUGUGUUGGAUUUCAAGCGAGAAGUUGGAUUGUGGCACAGCGUUUUGACAUCCGUGCUCAAUGGAAUGCAUGUUUUGUUCAUUCCGUAUGCCCUGAUGAAACUUCGUCCGUCGUCGUGGAUGCAAUUAAUCACAAAAUAUCGUGCUUCAUGUUGUUUAGUGAAAAGCCGUGACUUGCAUUGGGGAUUAUUGGCGACGAAAGAUCACAAAGACAUUUCACUGGCGUCGUUGCGUAUGUUGCUCGUGGCUGACGGAGCAAAUCCAUGGUCUCUUUCCAGCUGUGAUCAGUUUUUGAGUGUUUUCCAAUCGAAGGGGCUUCGACCGGAUGCGAUUUGUCCGUGUGCAAGUAGCUCGGAAGUUUUUACGGUGUCUCUGAGACGCCCGGGACGCUCAACUGGCGGAUUUAGUCAAUCGGCAACGGGACGCGGCGUGUUGUCAAUGGCUGCUUUGUCGCAUGGCGUUGUGAGAGUUGAUAGUGAGGACUCGCUCACGUCACUUACGUUGCAAGAUUGCGGUCAGGUGAUGCCAGCUGCUCAAAUGGUAGUUGUAAAUGCCGAAGGACCUCCAACUUUGUGCAAAACGGAUCAAGUUGGGGAAAUUUGCGUCACUUCCGGGUCAACUGGUAUCUCGUAUUAUGGCUUGGAUGGCUUAUCGAAUGCUACUUUCAAGGUACAACCCCUUCACGAGCCUCCUCCCGCAAAAGAAGGCGAAACAGCAGUACCUGGCAAGCCAAUUGGCGAAGAAACGUACGUUCGAAGCGGUCUUUUGGGCUUCCUCGGACCCGGAGGUCUCGUAUUCGUUUGCGGAUCUCGCGAUGGUCUCAUGACAGUUACGGGUCGCAAACACAAUGCCGACGACAUCAUCGCUACCGUGCUCGCUGUCGAGCCAAUGCGUUUCAUUUAUCGCGGUCGCAUCGCUGUCUUUAGCAUCAAAGUGCUGCGCGACGAACGUGUUUGUGUGAUAGCCGAACAACGUCCCGAUUGCAGCGAAGAAGAGUCAUUCCAGUGGAUGUCGCGCGUCUUGCAAGCUGUCGACUCGAUCCAUCAAGUGGGAAUUUACUGUUUGGCUCUCGUACCACCGAAUCACCUGCCAAAGACACCUUUGGGCGGAAUUCACUUGUGCGAAGCGAGACGACGCUUCAUGGAGGGCUCGUUGCAUCCCGCAAACGUUCUCAUGUGUCCGCAUACGUGUGUCACAAAUCUACCGAAGCCACGGGAUUUGCAUCAAGGCUCCCUCCCUCAUCAAGCUUCUAUUUCUGGAACUUCUUCAUCUGGAUGUGUUACAGACACGUCAGUUGGACCGGCAUCUGUGAUGGUUGGUAAUUUAGUGCAAGGAAAUCGGCUGGCGUCGGCGCAGGGACGUGAUAUGGGACUCGCUGACGAUACAGAGCGGAAGCAUCAAUUGAUAACUGGUGUCCUGCGUUGGCGUGCAAACACAUCCCCCGAACACGUUCUCUAUACACUUUUGAAUUCCAAAGGAGCUGUAGCGCGUACCCUCACGUGUUCCGAGUUGCAUAAGCGAGCGGAAAAAAUUGCCGCGUUAUUGCAGGAACGUGGAAAAGUCAAUCCAGGCGAUCAUGUUGCUCUCAUUUUCCCGCCUGGACUCGAUCUGAUAUGCGCCUUUUACGGUUGUCUCUACUUGGGUGCCAUCCCAAUAACUAUUCGUCCACCGCAUCCGCAAAAUUUGAUAACAACACUGCCAACAGUCCGCAUGAUUGUCGAUGUCUCGAAGAGUGGCAUCGUCCUCUCCAUUCAAAGUAUUAUUAAAUUACUGAAAUCCAGGGAAGCUGCUGCCUCAAUUGAUCCCAAGAGUUGGCCAUUGAUACUCGAUAUCGACGAUAAUCCAAAGAGAAAGUUAACCACUAUCGCGAAUGCUACGUUAGACUCAACGGCGUACAUUGACUUCAGUGUAUCAACUUGCGGGCGUCUUAGUGGAGUAAUUAUUACUCACAGAUCCCUCUCCAGUUUGUGUGCUAGUCUCAAACUUCAAUGCGAGCUCUAUCCAAGUCGUCAUGUCGCGUUAUGUCUCGACCCCUAUUGUGGUCUUGGAUUCUCUAUGUGGACCCUUAUUAGCGUUUACAGUGGUCAUCAUUCCAUUUUAAUUGCUCCAUAUGAGGUUGAAGCAAAUCCAAGUUUGUGGCUCAGCACUCUCUCGCAAUACCGCGUUCGUGAUACCUUCUGCUCGUAUGGCGUCAUUGAGUUAUGUACCAAAGCAUUAAGCAAUUCCAUUCAAGCGCUUAAACAACGAAAUAUCAACUUGGCGUGCGUGCGAACGUGCGUCGUUGUUGCCGAGGAGAGACCUCGCGUGCAAUUAACACAGCAAUUUUGCAAGUUGUUCCAGGCAUUGGGUCUCAAUAUGCGAUGUGUAUCGACUUCGUUCGGGUGUCGCGUUAAUCCAGCGAUUUGCGUGCAAGGUGCUAGUUCAGCUGAAAGUGCUCAGGUUUACGUCGAUUUAAGGGCAUUACGUAACAAUCGUGUGGCCUUAGUAGAACGUGGUGCUCCAAAUUCACUUUGUAUUGUCGAGUCUGGUAAAUUAUUGCCUGGCGUUAAGGUUAUUAUCGCAAAUCCUGAUACCAAAGGACAGUGUGGCGAUUCUCAUUUGGGAGAAAUUUGGGUCCAAUCUCCCCACAAUUCGAACGGAUACUUUACAAUUUACGGCGACGAGACGGACUAUAAUGAUCAUUUCAAUGCCAAACUCGUUACUGGUUGCUCAACAACGGAACAAUGGGCCCGCACAGGCUACCUUGGAUUCCUCCGGCGAACGGAAUGCUCACAAGCAGGCUCUGUUUUGGACGAAACCACACCGAGCAUUGCUAGUCGCGAUUCCGACAACGAUUCUCUUCACUCGUCACAGAGUCACAUUCCGCAUCAAACGUCUGCAGACUCGGAACUGCACGAUGCGGUUUACAUCGUUGGCUCUCUCGAUGAAUUAAUCACGUUGCGUGGCAUGAACUACCAUCCGAUCGACAUUGAGAUGUCUGUGUUGCGGUGCCACAAGAAAAUUGCCGAAUGCGCUACCUUUACAUGGACCAACCUACUUGUCGUGGUUGUCGAAUUAGACGGAAACGAGUCGGAAGCACUUGAUUUAGUGCCACUCGUGACAAAUACAGUACUCGAAGAACACCAAUUGAUUGUGGGUGUUGUGGUUGUAGUUGAUCCCGGUGUUGUUCCGAUCAACUCUCGCGGCGAAAAACAACGAAUGCAUCUGAGAGACGGAUUCUUAGCUGAUCAAUUGGAUCCCAUCUAUGUCGCUUACAACAUGUAAAAAGCAAAACUUUGACUACACUACUUUACUUUACUUUAUGCAUAACAUAAUAAUGAUGAAUUAUUACUUUGGCCUAGUUUAUCACAUACAAAAAUUAUGAACUGAUUUCUUUUUUUAUGACAAAAAAGCUCAAAUUCGAUUUUUUUUUUAACUAAAUGAUAAACUAAAUAAUGUAUGAUAAAUACAAAGGUUCACGCACCGCCAUUAUUUUCUAGUCUAGUCCUACGAUCCCUUUGUUUAUAUACAUAAAUAUAUUAUUAUUAUGAUAAAUGUUAAGGAGUUAGUUCUUCAUCCUUAUUAUUAUUAUUAAAAAUUUAUACAUUAGGAGCUGUAAAAAAUUAUUAUAUCUUCAAGAAACGACAAAAGAAAAACUUUAUAGAUGAAAAAACUUAGAAAGUAGUGAAAUUAGAAUAAUUUUUCA